AUGUCUCCCACCACACCACCGACAGCUGACCUGUCCCCCGUCAAGUCGACGGACAAGGACGACAUUCUGCACGACGAGUCGGUCCUCACCCACGGCGACAAGGGGCACCAUGGACAUAACAAGAACGCGGCGCUCGAGGCGCUCGGCGAGGGAGAGCGCAUCGUGAUGACCGACGAGGACUCGCGCCGUAUCUGCCGCAAGAUCGACAGGGCGAUCAUGCCGGUGCUCAUGUGCGGCGCAGCCCAUCACGACCUCCGCGAUCCCGGCGAUGGCGAAACCCAAACAUUCGGGCGAUUACGUGGGAGCGAUCGCACUAGAAGGCGGGAAGCUCCUGCGCGUAUUAGCGCCGAAAGGGAAUUGUUGGGUGGGCACACAAGGGGUUGCGGGGACCCCAGCGGGACGGGUGGCGGCGGCGGCGAGAUAUGCGCCGAAAACGUCCCCCCAUAUCCUCGAGUCGCGAGACUUGUACCCACAGACGCGAGAGAAGCAUGGCUAACGAACAGGGUGUACUUCCUGCAGAUUCUGGACAAGUCGGCGGUCGGCUAUGGCGCUGCAUUCGGCAUGCGUGAGCAGACGCACCUCGUCGGCAACCAGUACUCGCUCAUCUCGUCUUCGGGAUACUGGGCGCAGCUUGCUCUCUGCGCCGGCCCCACGGCCGCACUCAUCGUCAAGGUGCCUACGCGCAUCCUCAUGUCCGCGUGCAUCUUCUGCUGGGGUGUGAGCAUGAUCGGUCUCGCAUUCUCCAAGUCGUUCGGCCCGCUCCUCUGCAACCGUUUCCUGCUCGGACUCUUUGAGGCCGUCAACAUCCCCCUCUUCACCGUCAUCACGACGACGUGGUACCGCAGGCACGAGCAGCCGCUGCGCAUUGCGCUCUGGUACGGCACGAACGGCGUCGCUUCCAUGCUCGGCUCGCUGCUGACAUGGGCGCUGAGCUUCAUCACCACGGGCCCGUUGUACGUGUACCAGAUCCUCUUCCUGUUCGUCGGCCUCGUCACCGUCCUCACCGCCCCGCUGCUUUACUGGCGCCUUGACAACAACCCCGCCACUGCGCGCUUCCUGACGCCAAUGGAGCGCAAGAUGGCCGUCGAGCGCCUCCGCGACAACAACACGGGUGUCGAGAACAAGACGAUCCGCUGGGACCAGGUUCGCGAGGUCUUCCUCUCUAUUCCGGUCUGGUUCUACUUCCUCCUCAUUUUCUGCAUCAACACGGUCGCGGCCGUCACGAACACCUUUGGUCCCCUGCUCAUCAAGGGCUUUGGCUUCAACGCGCGCCAGACCAUUCUGCUCAACAUUCCCUUCGGCUUUGUGCAGACCGCCGUCUGCCUCGGUGGAUGCUACCUCGCGACCCGGUUCCGGUACAAGGGCAUCGUCUUCAUUGCGUUCAUGGUCCCGUGUGUGAUCGGUGCUGCGCUCCUCUACGCCCUGACGCCGGACCAGGCGCGCGGCGCAAUGCUGGCGGGCUACUACCUGAUCGGCUUCCUGUUCGGCGGCAACCCGCUGAUGUUCUCCUGGGUUGCGGCCAACGUUGCUGGCCACACCAAGAAGUCGCUCACGAUCUCGCUGUGCAACUCUGGUCUUGCUGUCGGCAACAUUGUCGGCCCCUUCCUGUUCCAGGAGAAGGACGCGCCGCGCUACCACCCCGGUUUGGGCGGUGUGCUCGGCCUCUUCGUCGCCAGCAUGGGCCUCACGGUCGGCCUCUGGGGCGUCCUCCUCGUCAUGAACAAGCGCAAGGAGGCCGAGCGCGUCGCGCACGGCAAGCCCGCAAAGAUCCACAACUCGUCCCUCAACGCCAAGUUCUCCCAGGCCGACGAGACGCAGGUCGACGCCAACGGAAACCCCCUCGGCCAGCAGGCGUUCCUCGACCUCACCGACCAGCAGAACGACGAGUUCGUCUACACGUACUAA